UGCAGGAAGUAGGAAGUAGCCAAUGUACACACCUUUUCGUGUUUUUAAUAGCUCUCUAACUAGCAGUAAUUUAUACGUGACUAGGGUUCUCUCGUAUGUUUUCGAAAUGAUCAGUCGUCGUAUGGACUAAGAAAGCGCUCACCAUAUGGUCCGUGGAUAACGUGUGACAAGUUGUGCCAUAGGUCCGUUGACAAGGUUCUCUCCAUGAGUCACAGUCGGAACCCCCCGCCCAGGGGACAGGGGGCAGCGCGAGCCAAACAGAUGGGGCUGCUCCUGGAUCUGUCUCCGGAUGGAGGGAUGGAUGGAGGAGGAAAUGAAAAAGAGCUGGAGGCGGAGCUACUGGCUCUGAUGGGCGGGUCCCAGGGGAAGAAAGGGACAGGAAAAGCUCCAGUUCCCAUGGCUGAUAUCGAGCGUAUGGCGGCUCUGUGUAUGAAGGACCUUGAUGAGGAUGAUGAUGAUGGGGAUGAUGAUCUGGAGGAUGAUGAUGAUCUCCUGGCUGAGCUGAAUGAGGUGUUGGAGGACGAUGAUGAUGAAGAGGUUCAGAAACCUGCCACCACUCCAAGCUCUAACUCCACCCCCCGAUCCACCCCCAGCACUCCUAGUGGUGCAACCGGGCUGGAGGCCUGCCUGGCUGAACGCAUUGACAUGUACCAGACAGCCAUCUCCAAUGCUAAUGCAGAGGGGGAGACCAGCAAGGCUCGCAGAUACGACCGCGGAUUGAAGACGUUGCAGUCCAUGAUGACGUCAGCCAAGAAAGGAAAACCGGUCAACGAAGAGGAAAUCCCGCCUCCUGUCUCCACAGGUGGAAAGUCUGCCCCAGCCCCCGUGCAGCAGCCUAAACCAAUCAAAGAGCGGGAGCUGCCAACCCCAGUGCUGACGCCCUCCCCGUUCACCAAUCAGAAGCCUCUGAGGGAGGCUCCGCCUGUUGCCCUGCCUCCUAAGCCCCGCCUCCUGGUCCCCCCUCAGAAACACACUGCCGUUACCCCGGAUACACCUGCUAUCUCCCCCCUCACCCCCAUUCAACCAGACGCACGACACUCAGAGUUGAAGCAGUGUGUUCUAAACAGACAGAGGGAGUAUAAGCUGGCAGCCCUCCACGCCAAGCAGGGAGGAGAGUCAGAGCUGGCCAGACAACACUACCACAUCGCCAAGAAACUAGACCCAGUAGUAGAGGCGUUGGACAGAGGGGAACCAGUGGACCUCAGCUCUCUACCUCCCCCUCCAGGAGAUGCAGUGGUAGAGCGUUCAGCUCCUCCCCAGUCUUCCUCCAGGCCCUCCCCGGCAGCUCCCCUGGCAGCUCCCCCGGUGGCCGACUCCGCCCUCCCAGCCCCAGGCAGUGUAGGGGAAGCGUUACAACAGAGGAUGGACAGAUACAAAGCUGCAGCAGAGGGGGCCAAGAGCAAAGGAGACGACCGCAAGGCACGCAUGCACCAGCGCAUCGUCAAGCAAUACCAGGAUGCCAUCAGGUCUCAUAAGGCUGGACGACCAGUCAACCUGGCUGAUCUCCCUGUACCACCAGGCUGUCCUCCGCUGCAGGGCUCAGAGAGCAGCCAGCAGAACUUCAUGGGCGUCCUGGAGACGGCCAUGAAACUAGCCAAUCAGGACGCAGACGCAGAGGACGAGGACGGAACAGGGGAAUUGGCCAAGCCUGCAGUGGGAGCUCCAGUCCAGAAAGGCAAAGCCCCGACCCCUCCCACACCAGGUUCUGGAGGCAACACAACACAGGGCUCCAGACUGGGGCUUAAAGCCCAGCAGCAGUUGGACUUCCUGUUGCUGCGGCGACAGGCGUUCGUCCGCGCGGCGCUGCGUUCUAAACAGAUGAGGGACAUGCAGGGAGCGGCGGUCCAUCUCCGACACGCUAAAGGACUGGACCAGAUGAUCAGCGCCACCAAGGGAGGCCUGCCUGUAGACAUCACCAAGGUCCCCAGUGCUCCAGUCAGUGAGGAGGACUACUCUCUGGCUCGAUCUCGUUCCUCUCCUCGCUCCUCAGAGCAAUACAACAGCCUCAUGGAGCUCCUCCGACAGCAGCACCAGAAAUGUCUGGCUUACUCCCAGCAGUUCACUCACAUGGGAAGUGUGGCCGAGACCUCCAGGUUUGAGAAGCUGGCAGAGGAGUGUAUGCAGAACAUUGAGGUGCUGAAGAUGGCCCACGCCAAGGGCCAACCUGUCCCCAAAUACCACACUGAGGAGAGGACCUUCAACACUGUCAAAAUGUAUCCUGACCUGACAGCCAAUGAGAUGACGCUGUACAUCGUGAAGGGCAUCAAUCUACCUGCUCCCUCAGGAGUCUCUGCCAGUGAUCUGGACACCAGUGUGCGCUUUGAGUUUCCUUUUCCUAGUAUGGAGGAGGCCCAGAGGGAUAAGACCAGUACAGUGAAGAACAGCAACAGUCCAGAGUUUAAAGAGAAGUUUAACCUGAACAUCAACCGUCAACACAGAGGCUUCAAGAGGGUCGUCCAGGCCAAAGGCAUCAAGUUUGACAUCAUCCACAAGGGGGGUC